AUGGAAUUCGUCAGCGGGUUGCCUUUGAUACCCAUUAAGAAUGAUUCUGUUUGGGUCAUCGUGGAUCGAUUGACCAAGUCUGCCCAUUUUAUUCCAGUUCGGAUGAACUACUAUCUACAAAAGUUAGCGAAGCUCUACAUUUCUGAGAUUGUAAGACUGCACGAGGUUCCGAUUUCAAUAAUCUCUGAUAGGGAUCCUCACUUCACUUCUCGGUUCUGGAAGAAACUAUAUGAGGCUCUGGGUUUGAGAUUAGACUUCAGUACUGCGUUUCAUCUUCAGAUCGAUGCUAAUGUUAGACUAAUUUGGGAUCGUCUGAAGGCGACUUCUAAUAGACAGAAGCCUUACACGGAUUUAAAAAUGAAGGAUAUCGAGUACUUUGUGGGUGAUUUCGUAUUCCUUAAGUUAGAGUUACCUCUAGAGUUAGACCGUAUCCAUAAUGUGUUUCACGUCUCGAUGUUGAGGCGGUAUCAAUCUGAUUCAUCUCACGUUGUCUCUGUUGAGGAGAUCGAGGUUAGACCGGACUUAAUAUUUGAAGAGGAGCCGGUUCAGAUUUUGGAUCGAGAUGUUAAGAUUCUAAUGAGGAAGCCCAUUCCAUUAGUUAAGGUUCUGUGGUGGAAUCAUGGCAUUGAGGAGGCCACGUGGGAACCUGAGGACUCGAUGCGUUAG